AAACGCCUGCGUGUUAAACUCAUCCAUUUAAAAACCAAAACCACGUGGGGCUGCGAACUCCACGUGGCACCUACCCCCACCGCUCGGUUUCCGGUACUUGGCCAAUGGGGUGAGAGCGAGGAGGGGCUGGGGGCGGGACGCAAAGCGGAUCCGGCUACGGUGGCCGCCUCCGUCCUUUUAAAAAAGAAAAACGCGAUUUUUUUCUCCCCUUGUCGCUUAGGGGGGAUAACGCGCAGCAGCAACAGCAGCGGCGGCUGUGGAAGUUUCCAAGGCAACGCCGACGCCUCGGGCAGCCGGGAGGGCACGGGCACGACCGCCGGCCCAGCGAGACCGUUCCCAAACUCGCCGGCCAAGGGGAUGACGACCACCGCGACCACCGCGACCACCGCCAGUGACGCGUGGGACGAGCCCGGCGACCCCGGGCGGGGCCAUCCCCUGGCGGCCCUCGCCUCGUCCGAGGAGUUUGCGAGGACGCGGUACCGCGACACGAGCCGGCUCGUCUGGGAGCGCCAGCGGCACGAGGCGGCGACGUCCGGCCGGGCGCAGCUGGAGGGGAGUUACCUCCUGCGCCGGUGCGGCGUGUGGACGGGCGAGCGGGGCAACCAGGCCGUGCUGGUGCGGGGUUGCCGCCCGCCCGCUAGCGCCAACCCCGCCAAGUCCACAGUGUGCAGCCUCAUGUGAUGAGCGGUUUUUUUUUUUUGGGGGGGGGGGGGGUGUGGGUGUAGGGGGGCACCGUGGAUUUUUAUAACUCUGAACGUGGGGGGGGGGGGAAGAUCCGUUGGCUCGUUCACUCGACCACUCAUUCAUUCGCACAUCCAUCCGCUCACUCGCUCGCUCGACCACUCAUUCACCCGAACAUUCAUUCGCACAUCCACCCGCUCACUCGCUCGCUCGACCACUCAUUCACCCGAACAUUCAUUCGCACAUCCACCCGCUCACUCGUUCGCUCGACCACUCAUUCACCC